AAAAAGUUCGUGAAAAGUUGAAAGGGGAGGGGGCACAAAAAUCAAUUAAGUUUUAUUGCACCCAGAGUGUUUGCGGAGGGUAAAAAGUUGAAAAAAAGAAAGUAAUUCAAUUUCUUCUGCUCGAAAACCUGCGAAGGAAUCCCAUAAAUUUCCGCAUUUCUCCAGUGUCCCGUGAGCGCUGAGGUUUUUCCCUCGAGUUCGGUAGUGUUGUGAGUGGAAAGAAGAAGAAGAAGAAGAAGACGCAGAAAACGAAGAUUCCAGCCUACAACAGAAGAAGAUGCGGCCAAAGUGCGAUCGUGAGCAGCAGUUAUCAUCAACUGCUGAGGCCUGAGGAUCGCUAAAAGAAGGAAGACGGGGAAAAAUGUCACAGCGAGAUUUUUCUGAGAACGAACCGGAAGGCACGCCGGAACUACCGGCCGCCAAUCGAGCGCUAUUCCUGGAGAAAGUGCGCCAAUCAAAUACUGCCUGCCAAAAUGGGGACUUCACCACGGCAGUGCAGCUCUACACGGACGCGCUGGCACUGGACCCCAGCAAUCACAUCCUCUACAGCAAUCGAUCAGCGGCCCGCCUCAAGCAGGGUCAGUUUGCGUUGGCCCUUCAGGAUGCCACCAGGGCAAGGGAACUUUGCCCUCAGUGGCCGAAGGCCUACUUUCGACAAGGUGUUGCCCUUCAGUGCCUCGGACGAUACGGAGAGGCACUGGCAGCCUUCAGCUCGGGUCUCGCUCAGGACCCCAACUCAAAGCAGCUUCUCGCGGGGCUUGUGGAGGCAUCGAUCAAGAGUCCACUGCGACACGCCCUCGAGCCCACCUUCCAGCAGCUGAAAGCAAUGAAACUAGAUCAAUCGCCGUUCGUAGUGAUAUCAGUGGUAGGACAAGAAUUACUCGGUGCCGGUCAGUACCAUUCCGCAGUGACAGUGCUAGAAUCAGCCCUCCGAAUAGGGUCGUGUUCCCUCAAGUUACGAGGGUCAGUGUUCAGUGCUCUUAGUUCGGCCCACUGGGCUUUAAAUCAGCUCGACAAAGCUAUCGCGUACAUGCAACAGGACUUGGCUGUUGCGAAAAGCCUUGGUGAUACCGCGGGUGAAUGUCGUGCUCACGGAAAUCUCGGUUCGGCCUACUUCAGCCAGGGUUCCUACAAGGAAGCCCUCACGUCCCAUCGGUACCAACUUGUACUGGCAAUGAAGUGCAAGGACACUCAAGCCGCUGCAGCUGCCCUGACCUCCCUCGGGCACGUCUACACUGCCAUCGGAGACUACCCGAACGCGCUGGCCUCGCACAAACAGUGCGUCCAGCUCGUGAAACAAAUGGGCGAUCGCCUCCAGGAAGCUCGCGAAAUCGGCAACGUCGGUGCCGUCUAUCUAGCCAUGGGCGAAUUCGAUUCCGCCGUUGACUGCCAUACCCAACACCUCCGUCUAGCCCGGAAACUCGGAAACCAGGUCGAGGAAGCUCGAGCUUACAGCAAUCUCGGCUCCAGCUACCACUACAAACGUAACUUCACCCAAGCGAUCACCUACCACGAAAACGUCCUCCGGAUAGCACAACAGCUCGGCGAUCGUGCCAUCGAAGCUCGCGCCUACGCUGGCCUUGGCCACGCUGCGCGCUGCGGUCACGACUUCCACCAGGCCAAGCGUUGGCAUGAAAAGCAGCUGGAAAUGGCCCUGGCUGCUCGCGACAAAGUUGGCGAAGGUCGAGCCUGUUCCAAUCUCGGAAUCGUGUACCAACUGCUCGGCGAACACGAUGCCGCCCUCAAACUUCACCAAGCCCACCUUACCAUUGCUCGCCAGCUUCAGGACAAAGCCGGAAUGGGUCGAGCAUAUGGCAACAUCGGCAACGCUUACUCCGCCGCCGGAUUCUACGAACAAGCCAUCAAAUACCACAAACAGGAGCUGAUCAUCAGCAAAGAAGUUCACGAUCGCAGCGCAGAGGCUUCCACCCAUGGCAACCUAGCCGUUGCCUACCAGGCACUCGGAGCCCACGACAUGGCUCUGAUGCACUACCGAGCUCAUCUGAACAUAGCUCGCGAACUGAAGGAUACUGCUGGCGAAGCCUGCGCCCUGCUCAACCUCGGCAACUGUCUUAGCUCCCGUCAGGAGUUCGCCCAAGCAGUCCCGUACUACGAACAGUACCUUAUGCUUUCGCAAGAACUCGGCGACGUCGCUGCGGAAGGAAAAGCCUGUCACUUCCUUGGCUAUGCUCACUACUGCAUCGGAAACUACCGCGAAGCGGUUCGCUACUACGACCAGGACUUGGCCCUGGCCAAAGACCUGCAGAACAAAAUGAACAUGGGACGAGCCUACUGUAACCUUGGCCUCGCCCACCUGGCACUCGGAAACACUGCCGGGGCUCUCGAAUGCCAGAAGUACUUCCUGGCGAUCGCGCACAUGACGAAUCACCUACCGGGUAAAUUCCGUGCCCUCGGAAAUAUCGGUGACGUGCUGAUUCGGAUGGGUGACGUAGACGAAGCGAUUAAGAUGUACCAACGCCAGCUAUCGCUGGCCAGGCAAGCGCGGGAGCGUGGCAUGGAAGCUGCUGCCUGUGGAGCACUUGGAUUAGCGCACCGUUUGCUGAAGAAGUUCGAUAAGGCACUUGGAUACCACACGCAAGAGCUGACGCUGCGACAGGAGAUGGGCGAUCUGCCCGGAGAGUGUCGAGCCCAUGGCCACCUGGGUGCGGUACACAUGGCACUUGGAAACUACACGCACGCCGUGAAAUGUUAUCAAGAACAACUGGAACGGGCGCAGGAAUUGCAAGAUUCUGCAGUCGAAGCGCAAGCGUUCGGGAACUUAGGAAUUGCCCGUUUGAACAUGGGCCACUACGAGGACGCGAUCGGGUAUUUGGAACAGCAGUUGGGAACUUUGGAGCAAGUGAAUACACCUACGGCACAGCAUGAUCGUGCUAGGGCCCUUGGGCAUCUAGGGGACUGUUACGACGCAUUAGGUGAUUACCAUGCGGAAGCGAUCAAGUGUCACGAGCGACAUCUGGCGUUGGCGAUUGCGUUGCAGAGUCCACGCGAUCAGGAACGUGCCUACCGUGGGUUGGGAAAUUGUUACAAGUCAGUUGGGAACUUGCAAGAAGCUCUAGUGUGUUUGGAGAAGAGACUGGUAGUGUCCCACGAGUUGGGUAAUCCGGAGGCGAAGGCUGCGGCCUACGGUGACUUGGGAAGCAUUCACAGUGCGCUCGGUAACUACGAACAAGCGAUCAACUGCUUGGAACAUCAACGGGAUAUCGCGAGAGAGCUGGGCGAUCGAGCGCUAACUUCGGACGCAAUCAGUGGACUGGGGGCAGUGUUUCAACAGAUGGGAGACUUCGAAGGCUCCCUAAGGCUGCACAAGCAGGACUUGGAACUGUGUGAAAGUAUAAACCACGCAGCAUUGCAAGCAAGAGCUUGCGGUAAUCUGGGAUCAGUGUACGAGUCCCUGAAGAACUAUGCGGAAUCAGUGAGAUAUUUUGAAAAGCAAUUAUCAUUAACGACAGAUCGACUGACAAAGGCCCAUGCCUGUUUGGCGUUGGGUCGAGUUUACCACAUCAUGGAACAAGUGUCACAGGCGGUCAGUUUCCUCCGGCAAGGUCUGGCGAUCGUUCAAUCGCUGAACAAACUUGAAGACGAAGCAAAGAUCCGCUACCGCUUGGGACUGUCUUUGCUCGCGUCCGGAGACGAAGAUAACUCCCGACAACAGAUGGAAAGUGCGGCGCAGAUUCUGGAAUCGAUCAGAAGUGACCAGGUUACGCCAGAGGCGAGAACUAACCUGUACGACCUGCAGACGUCCUGCUACCAAACACUCCAGAGAAUCCUGGUCAAUAUGGGACGCAAUGAAGAGGCUCUAGUGGCUGCCGAACGAUGUCGAUCGCGGAUGGGAGCCGACUCGAAUCAAAGUGCGGAAAAUUCUCUGAAUAACCGAAAAACCCUCCUGACCUGCAGUGAGUACAUCUUCGAUACGGUCAACAAAAGCAAAACCAACGUCAUCUACUACAGCCUGGCGGGUAGCGAACUGUACGCAUGGUUCCUUUCUCCGCAAAAGAGGAUCGUACGGUUCCACGUGGCGAAGAUCGACGAACAGACACUGCAGAUGACGAAGAAACCCGUCGUGGGUGAAAACAGUGAAAUAAGUGAAAGCCUGCUAGAACAGUACAUUAAUUUCGUGAGAGAUAGCUUGGGAGUCAAUUCCGGUAGUGUGCUGCAGGAAGGAGACGGUAGUGGAUGGAAGUCUUCGAACGAGAAUUUGAUCGAUGACUUUGCAAACGAACGGGCUGGAUUCCUGCGAAUGGUGAACAGGAACCAUUUGCUCAACUCGAGUAACUACUCGCUGAGUUCGUUGUUCAGCUUGGGAAGCGUCGGAGGAUCAGUGGCCAGCUUGCAAGGAUCUACUAGAUCCAUUGGAAGCCUUCAGGGUUCGACGCGAUCGAGAAGGUCCAACAUACUACCACCCUGGCAAGGACCGUCUUGUCUACAUGUCCUGUACAACUUGCUGUUAGCUCCAUUCGAAGAUCUGCUACCCGACAUCAGUACCACAUCCCGAAUCGGUCGACGUGAACUGAUUUUAGUUCUGGAAAAAGAGCUGUACCUUGUACCGUUUGCAAUUCUCAGAAGUGGAGACGAAUCCGGAGAAUACCUCUCCGAGCGAUGCUCCCUACUAACCGUGCCUUCGCUUCAUACCCUACGGCAGAAGAGCAGAACCAAGACCCGUGAGCCAGCUGAAGGCCUCAACAGUGCCCUGGUCGUGGGAGGCCCGAAAAUCCCUUCGUCCCUAUCGGAAACAUGGGGUUGGAGCGAGUCACCUGCUUCCCUACAAGAAGCUGCCAUGGUUUCGGACAUGUUGAACACCAAACCACUAGUUUCCUGCAGUGCUACCAAGGAAACAAUCGUCUCCGAACUAACUGCGGCCGAAUGCGUCCACUUUGCGGCCAACGUCAGCUGGAAGCUGGGCGCUGUCAUUCUCAGUCCCGGAGAAGUCCUCGACUCCCAGUCCCAGAAGCGAUUCUAUCCAAACUCAUCCGGAGAAAUAGAAAACGACGAAGACCAUGCCGAUCUGUCGUCAUCAAACAUGGAGAUCCCUCCGCUGUCGGACUUCAUUCUGAGCGCAGCCGAUCUACUGGCAAUGAAACUAAGUGCCAAACUGGUUGUGCUGAGUUCGUAUCACUCCGUUGAACCCAUCACCGGAUCAGGUGUGGCAAACCUGGCCGGAAGCUGGUUGUUUGCCGGCACUGGAGCAGUUUUGGUUUCACUAUGGCCCGUCCCGGAGACGGCAGCGAAAAUUCUUCUCAGGGCUUUCUACUCAGCUCUUUUGCAGGGAACACGGGCAGCCAAGGCCUUGGCUGAAGCUAUGCAAACGGUUCAGCAUACGAAGCACUUCGCCCAUCCGGCGAACUGGGCUGGGUUCAUCCUGAUAGGAGGAAAUGUGCGGCUGUCCAACAAGGUCGCCCUGAUCGGGCAGGCAUUGUGUGAGCUGAUGCGGACUCCGGACAAGUGCAGGGAUGCUCUUCGCGUUUGCUUGCAUUUGGUGGAGAAGAGCUUGCAGCGAAUACAUCGGGGCCAGAAGAACGCCAUGUACACGACCCAGAAGAGCAUCGAGAACAAGGCCGGUCCCGUGGUUGGAUGGAAAGAUCUUCUGAUGGCCGUCGGGUUCCGGUUCGAACCGGCAGCCAAUGGAAUCCCGUCGAGUGUUUUCUUCCCGCAGACGGAUCCGGAAGAUCGCCUGUCCCAGUGUUCGGCUAGUCUGCAGGCGUUGCUUGGUCUAUCGCCGACCACGCUGCAUGCGAUGUCCAAGCUGGUAAACAAUUCGGAGAUCGCCGAUGAGAUAAUCGGUGUAAUGCGGAAUGUGGUGGCGCAGUUCCCGUCCAAGGGAAUCAAUGAGAACGAAAGCAUCGAUGUUCCGUUGAGUGUGCGAUUGUGGAGAGUAUCCGGAUGCCACGAGCUGCUGGCCUCACUUGGGUUCGAUUUGAUGGAGGUCGGACAGGAUCAGGUCACGCUGCGUACCGGAAAGCAGGCGAAUCGUAGAAAUUGUCAGUUCGUUUUGCAGUCGCUGCUGGCACUGUUCGAUACUCAAGAAGCCCCCAAGAGCCUGGGAAUCGAAUCCAGUAGCAGUUCGGAAUCUUUGAACGAAGACGCUUCCGACGAUCCACAGGUCAAGGCCCCGAGUCCUACUCCGACAGCUCCGGAGCAACAGCGAAGUGUCUCUCCGGCUGGCACUGUUAAAAGCCAAGCCAGCUACAACUUCCCACGACCUCCGUUGCCAUUUCGAAGGGUACCGUUUUUAAGUACAAGAAGUGCCUUCAUCUCGUACGUCCGACGACGUGGCGAACCCGACGGAGGGCAGACGGAAACAUCUGGACAAGUUCCCCUCGGUGGUCAACAAGCGCAGGCACAGUCGCAAUCGAGUAACAAUGGAACCAACCUGGACUCCAGUUUGGCAAAUACUACCGAUAGUGAACUAUCCGAUGGUUACACAACUCAGCAGAUCCUCAUGAAGAGCGAUCACCUGGCGAAGGGACUGGGUUACUCUAGUCUGCGAGGAACCAUCAAGGUAUCCCGUCCUGGCGGAGGUGGAGAAAGUGAUGCAGCUUUCACUCCCAGUCCACCGGUUACGAUCCAGAACGUAGAUCCUAACGUGUCCUUGGCCUUGGCUCACCAGACUCGUAUCCGGAAUCUGUACACAAAUAAUGGCAUUAGCCACUUUUGCCAUGAACCUGUCCGCGAGGGACACCACCAUCAGAAUCCCAAUCAUCGACGACCAGACAGCUCAAGUUCUGCCAGUUCAGCAACCGAUUGGGAGGGAUCCGGUCAUGCUACUGUACUGAGAAGAGCCAACCAAGGUCACCACAAUCUGCCACCUCUUCCACCGCCACGGCAAACCUUACCAAUGGUCGAUAGUCUGCGACCCCUGGCACCACUGGCACCAGUUUAUAACAACAUCAACGGCGGAACCGUUGGAAAGACCCAGACGAACGGUAAAGGUCUUAACGUUCUGGAAUCCACCAGUUCGGAUUCCGAGUUCGAGCGUAGUUUUGACCUUCCUUCAAGUUCGAACGCGGCUUCGAUUAGCAGCAAGCUGACGAGCUUAGCCCACAGUUUACAGAGCAUGCGAAACCGAAAGCUGAAGAUGCAACCAACGCAACAACCUUCGCAAUCACACGGCACUUCUACCAUUACCCGUAGCAAGAUGGUCGAUCAGUUUGCAUUCAUGGAUCGCCUCAGCUGUCGAACAGAGAUCUCCUCCUCAAGCUUAGGUAACCAUGCGGCACCUCCCAGGAAACCGUUGUCCACCCUGCCAGAUGACGAGCGCACUUUGAACUUGAAUGCCAGCAAACUGUACUUCAAUCCAACCGAGGCGGAGAUCAUUCCUUUGACGGAAACGCCGGGAGACCUCGGUCUGAGCAAAGCUCCCACAGUCAGCCUGUCUUCCAGUGUACCCUCCACCAGUGGUAUCUCCAAAGAAAAGACCACCAGCAAGAACAUUCAGGAUUCGAUCCUGCGCCAUAUGAGCCGUGAGAUGACCCCGACCAUCUCGGAAGUCUACCACGAACGCAACAUCGGUCUUGGUCUAGCGCCGUCCCUAUCAAAACUUCUCCUCAGCAAAAACUACGAAGACUCUCCAGAUAUCAAAUCCUCCGCAGCUGCUUCCAUGCUGAACAAACCGAGCGCUCUGACGGUCGGCAAUCUAGCGGAAGCGAUGAACGAAAUCGAAAUGAAUGCAACAACCUCCACCAAACUAGAGGAAGGUCAGUGCAACAUCUGCAACAGCCCUUCCGAUCUACUGUGCGGCUGUAGCAACACUGCAACGGUAGCAGCCGUGGCCGCCAUGACUGCUGCCCUCGGAGCUACCACCAUCUCUAAAAAGUCCAACUCGAAACCCUGGCUCAGCAACGUCACGCCGAACAUCGUCAAGCCCGGUGACCUCACCACGGCGGACAUCCUCGAGCAGCAGAAGCAGCUCAAGUCCACCGUCAGCGGUCUCACCAGCAAUAUGUCUUCAUCGACGGAGAACUCCCUCUCGACGGUGGUCAAACGAGGCGGUAGCCCCUUCUCGGACCUCUCCCGUCGGGACGAAGGCGAUGGACGAAGCGUAGCCGAUUCCCAGUGUUCCGGCAGUUUCCGAACCGACAUCACCGGAUCGACGGUGACCACUUCCAAGAGUCAGCAGUCGCAAAUUACGUCUAGCGCACAGCCAAGUGGAACCCAGCAUGGCGGAGCUGGAACCUCCGGACAGCAACAACAACAACAACAGCAGCAGCAGCAACAACAGCAAAAGAUCGCACAAGGACAGCCGUCCAUGGCGAAUCCCAAUCAGAGAAGUAAAUACAUCAUCGAUACGUAGGUCAUUGGCGAUCUGAACGAAACUGUAAAUAUUCAAAGCUUGCAAAAGGCUACAAUUGUGACGUACAUGAUAGGUUUAAAUAAUCCUUAGGUCCUUAUCUGCUCAUCUUUUAGCGUAAGCGUUGUAGAAUAGGAAUUUUAACUUGUUUUUAGUCUAUCUAACUGAGACAACGAACUGAUUAGGUAAAGUGGUUUUAUGCUAGCUGAAAUUCGAAUAAUGGUAAGGAGUUUAGAAACUAUCGGAAGCCGAUAUGAGAUUACUAUAAAGCUAUUUCUACGGUACGCGUCGUGACAAGGGCCUUGAACAAUGUAAAAAUCGGCCUGCCUACAAACCUUGGUUACAAUACUCUUUGCUAGGAUAAGGUACUUACAUAGAUAGUGAAUUGAAUGAAUUUACGGUUUUAAUGCAUUUUUAACGUAAAUAAUUGUAUAAUUUAUAUUGAAUAGCUUUCUAAUGAAUAAAUGGUUUUAUGCAACUAAA